CUAAACAGAAAACAGCUGAUUUGGCCGCAUGCUUUAGUCUAGCAAAUCGCGUUGAAUACUGCGGCCAAUUGUUUAAUUUGAGGGCGACAAUUGGAUCUGUUUUAUCAUGUCGAAACCAAUUACCUUUGUCACCGGCAACGCCAAGAAGCUGGAAGAGUUGGUUGCCAUCCUGGGUCCCAGCUUCCCGCGCACCAUUGUGUCCCAGAAGAUUGAUCUUCCGGAAUUGCAAGGGGACAUCGACGAGAUUGCCAUCAAGAAGUGCAAGGAGGCAGCGCGUCAGGUGAAUGGACCUGUGCUGGUGGAGGACACCAGUCUGUGCUUCAAUGCGCUGGAGGGCUUACCGGGUCCGUACAUCAAGUGGUUCCUGGAGAAGCUGCAGCCGGAGGGGCUACACCGUCUGCUUCAUGGUUGGGAGAACAAAAGCGCUCAGGCUAUUUGCACCUUUGGCUACUGCGACGGUGUGGAUGCCGAGCCACUAAUCUUUAAGGGCAUCACCGAGGGCGUUAUCGUCGAACCUCGCGGCCCCCGGGACUUUGGAUGGGAUCCGGUGUUCCAGCCCAGUGGCUACGAUAAGACCUACGCCGAACUGCCCAAAUCCGAGAAGAACACCAUUUCCCAUCGCUACCGCGCUUUAGCUCUACUGCGGCAGCACUUCGAGAAACAGGACAAGUUAAUAAACUAGGACUCAAUUUAUUUAAA